AUGGCGGCCUCGCAGCUGGCAGCCCUGGAAGGAGUGGCGUCGGAGGAGGGCUCGGGCUGGAAGGGCAUCACCCGGGCGCAGCUGUACACCCAGCCGCCGGGCGAGGGCCACCCGCCCCUCAAGGAGCUGAUGCGCCAGGAAAUCCAGGCCGCCAGCAAGCUGGUGGCCGUCGUCAUGGACACAUUCACCGACCCAGACCUGCUUUUGGACAUGGUGGAUGCUGCCACUCGCCGCUGGGUGCCCGUCUACCUGCUCCUGGACCGCCAGCAGCUGCCUGCCUUCCUGACCCUGGCCCAGCAGCUGGGGGUGAAUCCCUGGGCCACUGAGAACCUGGACAUCCGCGUCGUGCGGGGCUGCAGUUUCCAGAGCCGCCGGCGACGGCAGGUGACGGGCGGGGUGCGGGAGAAGUUCGUGCUGCUGGACGGCGAGAGGGUCAUCUCAGGGUCCUACAGCUUCACAUGGAGCGACGCACGCCUGCACCGCGGCCUGGUGACCCUGCUGACGGGCGAGAUCGCCGACGCCUUCAGCCGCGAGUUCCGGACACGCGCCCGGCCCUCCAGCGGCCCUCCCGCCCGGCCCAGCCGGUCCCUGUGGGACCUGAGCCGCCUGUCGCAGCUGUCGGACUCCAGUGAUGGUGACAACGAGCUCAAGAAGUCCUGGGGCUCCAAGGACACCCCAGCCAAGGCCCUGAUGAGGCAGCGGGGCACUGGGGGGGCCUCCAGGGGUGAGGUGGGCUCCCGUCCCCUCGCCAGGCCCCAGCCCUGGGGCGGCCCGCUGCCCCCCAUCCCUGCCCGCCACCUCCACUACCUCUCCCCGACCCGAAGGAGGUUUGGAGACGAUGCUGCACCCACAGCCCUGGAACCUAGGGGUGGCCGGCAGCCAGGCUGGGCCACCCAGGCAGGACUCAGGGGGCGACCCUGACAGAAGCCAGAGCCACCCCGAGCUGGCCCAGCCCAGGAGGGCUGGACGACAGUGUGCUGGGAGCCAGGCCUCAGAGUCUGGGAAGCAGGAGGGAUUUCCCCCCAAGGAUCCUAGAACUUGGGCAAGUCCCACGCCCACCCUAGACCUCAGCGUUGCUGUCUACAAAAUGGGCAGAACGUCUGGAGGAGCUGGGAUCCCAGAACAUUGCACAUCCCGCCCCGGGCCAUGUGAGAACUUCUCUGAGGGGAGGCCUGGCGGCGGGCCCCAGGCUGGGCUGUGUGUGGGGACCCUGGGGGGCGGGGUGUCCCUGGGGCCCACCUGCUCAGAAGCCUGGGCAGCUGAGCUGGGCUCAGGGGAGGCGAGACCUCAAUCCAGGGGACUGAGCUGAGUGAGGAGGGACUCAGAUCGGUGGGGACACGCCUGCUGGGGAGCGGCUCAGGGCCCCGGUGACGGGCUGGGCAGGUGCUGGGACAGUUUUAUGGGCGCUAAGGGGUUAGUUGUUGGGGCUCCCUUUUACCUCUGCCCAGAAUAAACCUGCCUCCUGCCAAAAA